AUGGCAGCAUAUCCUCCUGGUGGCACGUACUUUGACGGCAAGAAGUCGUUCAACGAUGUCCACAUCAAAGACGACGAGGCCAUUCCCACCGCCGAAUUCCUCGAGGCCGCUGAUGCCGUGACGGCUCUAUUCGAUGUGCUCGGCAGCACUGCCUUCAAGCCCGUCAAGAGCGAUAUGACGGGCAACAUCCAGAAGGUCCGAACUCGCCAGCUGGAGAGUCCCGUCGAUUCCGAGACGCUGCAGGACUUGGUGCGCAACGAGUUGAAGAGCAAGAAGCACACGGCCACCGAGGGCUUGUUGUGGCUGACAAGAGCUUUGGACUUCACCGCCCAAGGUCUCCGCCACAACCUGAGCAACACAAACGACGAACUGUCAGUUUCCUUCCGUGAGGCUUACGGCAAGACACUCAAGCCCCACCACUCCAUGUUCAUCAAGCCCAUCUUUUCCGCCGCCAUGAGCGCUACGCCCUACCGAAAGGACUUUUAUGCCAAGCUGGCCGAUGAGCCACAGCAGGCGAGAGUGAGCAAGGAGCUGGACGAUUGGCUUGUAAGCUUGGAGAAGAACGUGGCGAUCCUCAAUAGAUUCCUGGCCACCAAAGAAGCCAAAUGGUGA